UAUGUCAGGUCAAACCCCUCCAAUUCAUCACCAUCAGUGGUGCCUUGCGGGUGUGGUGAUCGUGUAUGAAUUAAGAUACCACAGAAAAGAACAGGAGUGGAGGUGGUCACCGGCGGUGGUGUGCUGGUGUGAGUCGGCGCAUGUGCACCAGAUCAGAUCCAGACCAAGUUACCCCGCAGAGUGUGGAGAACCGGUGACCAAUCAGACCUUGCCCCGCAGAGUGUGGAGGAUGGCCGGGUUAAAAACCAUUGAUUUGUGCAGACAAGCGGUGAGCAUCGCAUCGCCAUUGCCCAGCGGCCAGGUGAAGAGCAGAGCAGUUGGGCGGAGCUGAGAGCUCUGUGGCAGCGGAGGAAGCAGGAUGGGCUUCUCCUCCUUCGCCUCACGCGCCGCCGCCAGGUUCCUGGAGGACAUCCGGCGCCCCGCCGGCGUCUCCACCGCGGCGCUCCUCCUCACGGCUGCCAGCGGCGGAGGCAUUGUGGCCUAUGCCGAUUCCUCCAGGGCAGAGGAGGCUUCGGAGCCACCGCCCAGGAAGAAGAAGGUGGUGGUCCUCGGCACCGGCUGGGCCGGCACCUCCUUCCUCAAGAACCUCGACUCCUCCCGCUACGAGGUGAAGGUCAUCUCCCCCCGCAACUACUUCGCGUUCACGCCGCUGCUCCCCAGCGUCACCUGCGGGACCGUGGAGGCGCGCAGCAUCGUCGAGCCCAUACGGCGGAUGUUCGACAAGAAAAGGAAAGAUGUCGCGUAUUAUGAAGCAGAGUGCUUCAAGAUCGAUCCAUCGAAGAAAGCCGUCCACUGUCGCUCUGCCGUCGGGACCAAUUUGGAUGGGAAUGGCGAUUUCAUGGUUGAUUAUGAUUACUUGGUUGUUGCUCUCGGAGCUACUGUUAAUACAUUCAACACUCCUGGUGUGAUGGAGCAUUGCCACUUUCUGAAGGAAGUGGAGGAUGCCCAAAAGAUCAGGAAGAGUGUGAUAGACUGCUUUGAAAGGGCGUCACUUCCUAACCUCAGCGAAGAGGAGAAAAGGAAGAUCCUUCACUUUGUGAUUAUUGGUGGUGGACCUACUGGGGUUGAGUUUGCUGCAGAGUUGCAUGAUUUUCUUGUAGAAGAUCUGGUGAAGCUAUAUCCUGCCAUUGAAGAAUUCGUGAAGAUAACAAUUAUUCAAUCAGGAGAACAUAUAUUGAAUACGUUUGACCAAAGGAUAGCUGUGUUUGCUGAAUCAAAGUUCCAAAGAGAUGGCAUCGAGUUGAGUACAGGAUUCAGAGUGAUAAAGGUCUCCGAUGAUUCAAUUACAGUGAAGUGUAAAUCAUCUGGUGUAGAAACAUUGGUGCCGUAUGGGAUGGCUAUUUGGUCUGCGGGUAUUGGUACUCGCCCGGUCAUUACAGAGUUCAUGAAUCAAGUUGGUCAGGGCAAACGACGAGCCUUGGCAACUAAUGAAUGGUUAAGAGUUCGUGAGUGUGAUAGUGUCUAUGCAAUUGGCGACUGCUCUUCAAUAAGUCAAAGGAAAAUAAUGGAGGACAUUUCAACAGUAUUUAAAGUAGCAGACAAGGAUAACUCUGGCACCUUGACACUGAAAGAAAUAAACGAUAUUCUAGAAGACAUUUGUAUUAGAUACCCUCAAGUGGAACUGUAUAUGAAAAGUAUGCACAUGCUUGAUAUUUCUGAUUUGAUAAAAGGUGGCGUAGGAGAUGCCAACAAGGAGUCAAUGGUGGUCGACAUAGAGGAGUUCAAAAAAGCUUUGUGCCAUGUAGACUCCCAAGUAAAAACUGUUCCGGCAACUGCUCAGGUUGCUGCGCAACAGGGGUAUUAUCUUGCUGACUGUUUUAAUAAAAUGGAUCACUGCGUAGAGCAUCCAGAAGGUCCGUUGCGGCUGACGGGGUCAGGGGAAGGGCAUCACAAUUUCCGCCCAUUCCGGUACAAGCAUCUCGGGCAGUUCGCGCCCUUGGGCGGGGAGCAAGCCGCGGCGGAGCUCCCGGGCGACUGGGUCUCGAUGGGCCACAGCACCCAGUGGCUCUGGUACUCCGUGUACGCAAGCAAGCAGGUGAGCUGGCGCACUCGGGUCCUGGUGGUGUCCGACUGGACCCGGAGGUUCAUAUUCGGGAGGGACUCGAGCCGGAUCUAGGCGCCCCGGUGUCGAUUCCAGGAUGCAAAUGCAAUGCAGCAAAACCUCUCUGUACAGUGUUUGAUUGGGUGGGCAGGCAAGCAAGCAAGCAAGGAUGUAUGUCUGUUGAUUGUUCCUUUCCUGUGUCCUGCCAAUGGAGCCAUCACCCCUUCUUUUGCUGCCAGAAUGUGCAUAUGUGAUGGGGUUCUCUUCUCUUCUCUUCUCUGGAUGUGGGUGUAUGUUGGUUGUGGAUCUGAAGCGUGCCUGGCGCGACGAAAUAGGCACUAGUGAUUGGCAGCAGUAAGAAUAAGUUGGUAAUAACAGCGUGGCAGUUCUACGGGCAUCGUCCGCUAGGACGUACGUGAUCACGUGGUGAUCGUUGUGUA